CAAAUUAAUGUUUCCAUUGAUUUAUCCACCUAUAAGAGGGUGAUAAUUGUCUUCGGAAACCUGAAGCAACAUGAGAAUUUCUCGUCGCGGUUUUAUCUUGACGGGACUAACAACGACAUUUUGUCUCCUGCUAUUUAUUUAUUUGAAGAAACGCUCACCCAAGCACUACGUUCUGGAAACCAAGAAGUACAAUACUGACUUAUUCAGGAUAAGAAUUGAAGAGGCCUCAAAAGUCCCGAACAGUGAAUACAUAGGUGAGCAUUCCUUGGAGGAGGAAAUCACAGAGAAACUGACAGUUCCGCUCAGAGGAGAAGCCUUCAACCCCGUUGUGAGAAAACAUUUAGACAGACUGAAAGAGAGGGGUCAACUUGUGAAAGAUGUCUCUGUCGAGACGGUCAGUCAGUCCGCUAAAUCUAGUCUACAGCCGAGGGACGCUGUUCUGACACACAGAGAGCUAAAAAAUAUCAGGAGCUGUUUACUUGUCAGUAGGCAAGAUUAUGAUAGGAAUUACGCCGACUUUUUCUUUGGUGACCAGGGGAAAUUACAAAAUAUUCGAAGGACCCAUCAUAAAUAUCUCAACGAAGAAUCUUUCAUGAUAGAGGUCGGAGGAAAUUGGGGUUGGGAUGCAGGGAACUUCUCAAAACUCUAUAACAUGCACUAUGUCAUUUUGGAACCGUUAAGACCAUAUGCAGAUAUUCUGGAGGAAAAAUUCCAAGGAAAUGAGAAAGUCAGUAUAUACAAUGUAGGGCUAGGUUCUAAAAAUGAAAGAGUGAUGGUUACACCGCAGGGUAACAAUGCAUGUGCAACGACAAAGUUUUCCAAGAAGACUGGAACUGUUCCCAUAUACAUUAUUAAUGCCAUUGACUUCUUAACAGACUUAGGAGUUGGUCUUAUUGAUCUAGAUUUAAUGACAAUGAAUUGUGAAGGAUGUGAAUUCGAAGUUUUAGAGACGUUAGUGGAAUUCAACCUCAUAGAAAAAAUCCGAAACAUUCAAUGGGCGACUCAUACACAGAUCAGUAUCCACGACCCGUGGGGGCGCUACUGUCGUAUUCAGGAACUCCUUAAACGGACACAUCGACCCACGUACCAGUACAAGUUUAACUGGGAGAGCUGGAGACGAUCGGAUUUAGCUUAGAACCUUGACAUUAGUA